AUGGAGAAACUGAUUCCAUAUGACACCGUGUCGUACAUCAUCUUUAUGAACAAUAAAACGAAAGCUUGGAGUGAUCUCAUAAAAAGAAAUAGAGAUAAAUGGAGAAACUACUUGUCCGACGCUAUCAGAAAUUACCGUUUAGGGAAACGCGGGAUGACAACGGACAAAGAGCGCAAAACGCCAUUUGACGAAUGGAAAUUGGGAUCCAAAUUAGGAUCUAAAUUUAGCUUGGCUGAUUCAAGAUCGAAAUUAGGAUAUAGAAUGAGCUUAGACGAUUCAAUAUCCAAAUUAGGAUCGAGAUUUAGCCCUGAUGAUUCAGUAUCUGAAUGGGGAUCUAAAUUUAGCUUGGCUGAUUCAAGAUCGGAAUGGGGAUCUAAAUUUAGCUUGGCCGAUUCAAGAUCGGAAUUGGGAUCUAGAUUGAGCUUAGACGAUUUAAGAUCGGAAUUAGGAUCUAGAGUGAGCUUAGACGAUUCAAGAUCGGAAUUCGGGUCUAAUUUUAGCUUGGCUGAUUCAAGAUCGGAAUUCGGGUAUAAUUUUAGCUUGGAUGAUUCCAGAUCAGAGGAGGGAUCAUGA